GAGCGACAGCCGCGGGGCGCAGGGCCACGGCCGCGCGGCUGGCCGCGGCGACCGCGAUCGGCCGCGGCGCGGCCGGGGCUCGGCGGACUGGGGGCCACGUGGCCGCAGCCGCAGCGGCGGCCGCGGCGACUGCCACGACUACAACGGCGGCGGCAGGGCCCCGGAGCUCACCUGCCCGUGCAUCUGGCUGGGAGGCUGCCCGCCCGACAACAUCUCAGAGCGCGAGAUCGACAAGGUGUGCUCGGGAUUCGGGACACUAGGAAUCUCCAUCAAGCGCUCGGACCGCGACACGUUCGCGUUUGUGGCGUACCAGUCCUUACGCGAGGCGCGCACUGCGAUUGCCGAGCUGGACCAGACAUCUGUGUUCGGGACUGGCAUUAUGAAGGUGGCGCCCGCAAACAAGGAGCCUGCCGACAUCAGGAGGGACAGCCAGGACUGGGGCUGGGGCAAUCAGAGGCACUACGACCGCGACGGCCAGAACGGAUUUCGGGACCGCCCGUGGAAGAACGACGGCGCCAAGGGGCGCGGACGCGGAGGGCGGCAGUCGCGAUCCCGCGGCCGCGGCGGCAUGUGUGAGCUGCCACCGUCGCCGCCGCCGCCGAGGGAGCCUUCGCCAGAGUCGCCGCCGCGGCCGCAGCGGGAGCGGUGCAUGCGCGUGAUGCUGACGCAGCUCCCGCGGGACAUGGAGGAGGACGAGCUCACGGAGAUCGCCAACGAGGAUCUAUGGCGUCGUGCUGCAGUACGAGUUGCAUCGCGAGGGGGCCUACAAGUGUGGCUGGGUCGAGUACGCGACUAA